UUUUUACCUGAGCUACCACCUAUUUUAACAGCUUCCCAAAAGAGGAUAGCUUCUUUUGAUAGGGGCUUUAGUUGCCGAUGCUUUCCAUUAACCGAGUUUCUUUUUAAAAUCAACCAAUGAUGUGCCGUGUUUGUAUGGAUUUCGGCUUCAAUCAAAAAUCAUUGUAGUUCUUGACAGGCGUUUUGUUGUUAUGGGACCAGUAUUGAAAGUAAACAUGUGUACCUUUCCAUCUGAAUGAUCAGAAAAUUCACUUUCCGCUAACAUGGAGUCUACUAAAGAAAUGCUUUUACCUCAUACCGACAUUGAUGGGAGUCAACAGUCUCAGAUUGAAAUGGUUACAGUGGACAAAGACCCAGGGACGAGGUUGAUUUCGAAUGGUACUCAAUUUGACCAGCAUGAUGCUCUUCUGCCUAAAGAUGAUGUGUUGCACCCGUGUCAUGUCUACGCUUCUGAUCCCAAUCUGACUACAAUGCCUGAUACCAGCAGUAGAGGAAGACUAAGGAGAAUACUCAAUUCACAUCGAUUCCAAGUUUUUAUCGUAUCCUUUGUCAUAGUGGAUUGUAUGGUAGUGAUUGCAGAACUUCUAAUGGACCUUAGAAUACUUGGAAUGUUGGAAGAAACAGGGAUGAAAAACCGCAGCAAGGUGCCAUUGGAAGCGCACUACAUAGUACCAGAUGUUUUGCACAGCAUCAGUAUAGCUAUAUUGGCCAUGUUUCUCUUGGAAACAAUCAUCAAAAUUGCAGCUUUCGGUCUAUCCUUUCUCAGGAUGGGUUGGGAAAUAUUUGACACUGUCGUCAUUUUAGUGACAUUCGUUCUUGACGUAUUGAUGCAACACUCACAUUCGUCUACUAACGGCCUCGGCCUCUUCAUCAUUUUACGUUUGUGGCGAGUGGCUCGUAUUCUUAACGGAAUGGUUCGUUCUGUGCGAAGUCAGGCUGUUCGCCAUGUAGAAUGCGAAAAGCGUCGAAGAGAGGCACUCGAAGAAGAACUGCUCAAGUACAGAGAACUCAACCAACGGCAAAGGAAACUCAUUGUCGAACUCGAGAAUCUUCUAAAGACUAAUAACAUUCCCAUACCCGACAGCAUAGUUCUAGCUGCUACAUAGUGCAUAGUACAUAAACAACAAGAAUUUAGCUAAAAUUACUGGCCAGGAAAUUUUGCUCACCUUUCACUACCUGUAUAGAUUAGAAAUGCAUUUGUUUUUUAUUUUCUUUCCGUCUUUUCAGGGAAUUAUUUUCACCAGCGUCCAAACAUUCUAAUAAUACAGACUUCAAUAAACUCAAAAAAUAACCAAACGCUUGGUUUAGUACCUUAAAUAACGUGCAAUGCUGAAUGUUAAAUUCACGGUUAAUUAAAUUAAUUUGGAUUUUGUGAUUAUUUGUGUACCUACCGCUAAAUUUUUGAACCCUGACAUUGCAACACUGAUCCAACUAGUAGAUGUGAUGAAUUUCUAUCAA